AUGGCGGCCGCUGUGACAAUGGGCGAUUUCUUUCAGUCGGAAUGGUUUCGGAAUACGGCAGUCCUCAGCACAGUAUUAGCGGUUGCUUACUUUGGCGCCGGGUUUCUAUUCUUGAUUCCGGAUCUGACUGGAAAACCAAAAUGGAUGCUCAAGUUUAAGACUCAGCCACCACAGAACUUCAAGGUAACUCGUGAUGACGUCAUCAAAGUACUUCGGCAGUUGACGAUUAAUUCUCUAUUGAUCCACCUGCCGUUUAUGUUCUUGUACUAUCACCUCCAAGUGUGGAGAGGCUGCGACCAGACUCUCAAAAUUCCUUCGGUCAUACCCUUCAUUAGAGACCUAACCUUAUGUGUGCUUCUAGAGGAAGUGACGUUCUACUACGCUCAUCGAAUUCUCCACACCCCAUUCAUGUACAAAAGAUAUCACAAGUUACACCAUGAUUUUACGGCCCCAUUUGGCCUCGUUUCCGCAUACUCGCAUCCGGUUGAGUUCAUCUUCUCCAACCUCGGCACAAUAAUGACGGGUCCCCUGGUGGUCGGAUGUGAUGUAGUAACUUCCGGUGUGUGGUUCUUCCUGUCCGUCGUUGUAACAGUUAUACAUCACAGUGGCUACCACCUGCCUUUAUUACCCUCACCUGAAUUUCACGACUACCAUCAUUUGAAGUUUACGGGUAAUUACGGAGUCCUUGGAAUCCUAGACUGGUUUCAUGGAACGGACAAACACUUCCGGAAAAGUAAACAAAGCAGACGUCACAAAAUGAUUUUCUCUGCGGAGGAGCUAAGUGGUUGA